AUGACGGACAGUCUCUAUGGAAUUAAGCAAGCCUCCAAGACAAAAGCCAAAGACAUCUCCUCAUCCACAUCUCUUGCCUUCUCUACCAGUCUUGCCUCGCUAAUCUCCAGUACCUCAUCAAGUAAAGAGAGACCGACUUCCGGUCGACCCAGACAUUCGAACUCGAAGACAGACAUAUUCAAGGCCCACAACAAGAAUGUCAAGAAACGUGCGGCUGCGGACCUUGAGGAGGGCCAACAGCGCCACAAAACAAGAGAUGAUAUUGGCUCCGUGGAUACUGCAGAGUUGCACAGAUCCAAGAGAAAGAUGGAGGACAAGGUCAGAGUGUACAACGCUAUGAAACGUGGCGAGUAUAUAGGAAAGGGCGACUAUGACGAGCGCAGCCUGGUCGACUUUGAUCGCAAAUGGGCCGAGAAGGACGCUAAACAUGGAGCAGCCGCCAGUGACGAUUCUGAGUCGGAAUACAACGAUGCGACGGAUGAAGACGAGACAGUGGAAUACCUCGACGAAUUUGGACGAUUACGGAAAGGAACAAAAGCCCAAGCCGCCCGCGAGGAAAGACGAAAGGCUACCAACACUCAUCUGGCUGAAGAGGAGGCUCGAUCAUCUGCAAGGCCAACUAUACCCGAGAAUAUCAUUAUGGGUGACACUAUCCAGUAUGCCGCCUUUAAUCCAGACCAGGUCAUUGCAGAUCGUAUGUCCGAGAUAGCCAAGAAACGAGAUAAAUCUGCUACUCCUCCACCUGAUAGUCAUUAUGAUGCAGGUGCAGAGGUGAGAACGAAAGGUACCGGUUUCUACGCCUUUAGCCAAGAUGCUGAGGAGAGAAAGAGAGAAAUGAAAGCCCUGGAGAAGGAGAGAUUAGAGACAGAAAAUAUGCGCAAGGCGCGAGAGGACAAAAGAUCCCACCGAAAGAAGGAGAUUGAUGAUCGACGGAAGUUGAUUGAAGCCCAGAGAGCGAAAGCCCAAACCGAAAAGUUUCUGACGGAACUUGAGAUUGAGGGCUUUUCAACCUGA